AUUUUUAAAUGGAGUUCCAGAAGCAGGUUUCAGAUUAAUAAAAUGGUUCCCAUGUUUUCAGGGAGAUCUUGGUACUGUCAAAUUGCCACAUUGCUGCCAGCAGGCCAAAUCCCACAACGUACCAUCUGCUUCAAGGCAAGGAGCGGACUCAUGCCUGGCUCCAUACCCUUUAAAAGAUCAUCUGAUCUUGUGCAGAAAUUUAUGAAGGCAGAGCGAUGGGGAAUCUGUUUCAGAAAGCAGACAUGGAACAAACAAUUCAACUAUCAGAGGCUCAACUUGGUCAUGUCAUCAGCGGCAGACGAUGGUAACAUUCCGCUGAAUCACAUUUCUGCAGCAAGCAUGAUCAAAAAGUUCUACACAUGCAUCAAUGAGAAAAGGUUGGAGGAAAUAGAUAAGUACAUUUCAGACAAUUGUUGCUUUGAAGACUGCUCCUUCUAUUCUCCAAUACAAGGGAAAAAGGAGGUUAUGCAUUUCUAUCAACAGCUUACUACAGGCAUGGUUCAGAAUGUGAAGUUCAGCAUUGAACACGUUUGUGAAGAUGAUGAAUUUACUGUAGGAGUAAAUUGGCACUUGGAAUGGAAAAGGACACAUAUACCGUUCACUAGGGGAUGCAGCUUUUACGAAUGCUCAGCAGAAGGGGAUAGAAUAGUCAUCAAGAAAGUUAGAGUUGUAACUGAGUCGCCUAUCAAACCAGGUGGUUUAGCAAUGAUUCUGUUAAAGAAUGUCACUGCAAUAUUCGAUAAUUUCCCAAACUUCGCAGAAUGGUUCUUAAAGAGUCCUCAUCUCAUCGUACAGUUCCUAAUGAAGAUUUACACUAGACUUCUGGCACCUUUUGUCAAUCCACUUAUGGGAGGCUACGCUAGAAUUUGGAGUUUUACGGCGCGAGUGUUUGCCUUAGCACUCAGCAUGCUACUGUACAUUUCAAAGAAAAAUUCACAAUAGAAAAAUGACUCUCACAGGUGCUUGUGUACAGAAAUAGUGACGGUUGCAUCAUGGGUCAAUCAUCAUCGCCAUCAUCGUGGCUCGAACACAUCUCUAACAACGUCAGGGCAACCAGAUGUCAAUGGAGACGGUUCAUGUCAUGCUGGCAAAAAUAAGAAGUAGAAAGCAAGUCCUUAAGAGAAUGCCUAUCUCAGCUUUACAAUUCCAAUUUAAUUAUAAGAAAUGAAAUGAUCGUCUCUGUAAACAUAUAAGAUGUAAUAAUGUUGAAAUAAAUUCAGCCAA